UGCGAUUUGGCCGAGUCGCGAGUUCAAGCCCAGGAUAGCAAGCGGUACUGUGAACUGUGAAAAUGUGACCCAAUUGGAAAGGGCGAAAAACGAUUUUGUGCCAGUUAUAUGUCCAUAUAUAUAUAUAGCACACAACAUAUAUGUGUGCCGCCCGAGCCUAAGUACAUCCGUCAAUACAAAGAGGAAUAAUGAAGCUCUCUGACACCAUGGCGACGCCAAUAGAAGAAAAACUUGAUCAAAACCUAAAGGUGCGCACUGGCAUGGUCCAUGUGAGCGAUGGCAAGAGCAGACCCGAGCCCCUGCGUCUCAAUCUCACCAUGGAGUUACUCUCACUCCAGAAACUGGAAGUGGUAACCCCAACUAGUUGCAAUCCCAAUGGACCGCCCAUGGAAUCAAAGGAACGCAUGGUUCAAAUAACCCGCCAAAAGCAAGGCGGCCUAGGACUGAGCAUAAAAGGUGGUGCCGAACACAAGCUACCUAUAUUAAUAUCACGAAUCUAUAAGGAUCAGGCGGCUGAUAUAACGGGUCAGCUGUUUGUGGGCGAUGCCAUCAUCAAGGUUAAUGGCGAGUACAUCACAGCCUGUCCCCAUGAUGAUGCCGUGAAUAUACUAAGAAAUGCCGGAGAUAUAGUUGUGCUAACGGUGAAGCACUAUCGAGCUGCCACGCCCUUCCUUCAGAAGCAAUUAACCAAAGACACGCCCGACUCUGACAACGAUGCUACAUGCGCUGAACUGAAGGCUGACGAGGGCUACAAGUCCUCCGUCAAUAGUGGAACCAUUAGUCGCAGCUGCAGUCGUCCCAUGUCCAUAUGCUCGGAACCUGAGAAAAGAUGGACCGAUGUGGUGGCAGUACCUCUAAUGAUGGCCUAUGUGACAAGAUACAUUUAUGGCACCGAUAAGCUGCGACAAAAUGCCUUUGAAGUUCGUGGCCUGAAUGGUAUUACCACUGGAGUCAUACACUGCGAUGAACUGGCCAUACUUAGUCAGUGGCUCAAGUUGAUAACAGAUAAUGUGGUGGGCCUGACGCAUUUACAGAUGAAACUGUACAACAGAAACUUUGCUGUGGGCGAACGAAUCGAGUACAUGGGCUGGGUGAAUGAGGGCGUCAUUAACAACAAUAUAUCUUGGCAGAGUUAUAAACCCCGAUUUCUGCUGCUCAAAGGAACCGAAGUAAUGCUCUUUGAAACGCCUCCACUCAAUGUAGCUGGCAUCAGCAAGGCCUUGGUGGUCUACAAGGUUUAUCAAACCAUGUUCCGUAUUGUCAAGGAAUCGGAGACUGUGGAUAGCCGCCAGCAUUGCUUUCUACUUCAAAGCUCUGGUCACGAACCCCGCUACUUGAGCGUGGAAACCCGACAGGAGCUCUUGAGGAUCGAGAAUAGCUGGAAUGCGGCUAUCGUGACCAGUGUUAUUAAAUUGGGCCGCAAAACAUUUGCCGUUUCGCAUCAUGGCAAGAGUGGCGGUCUUACGUUGGAUUGGCAGGCUGGAUUUUCCCUGGCCGAAGGUGCCGACUCUGCCAUUGUUUGGCAAUAUAAAUUCUCACAGCUGAGAGGCUCCAGUGACGAUGGCAAGUCCAAGCUGAAGCUGCAUUUUCAAGAUCACGAUAGUCGGGCUAUAGAGACAAAGGAACUGGAAUGCCAAGUCCUGCAGAGCCUGCUCUUCUGCAUGCAUGCCUUCCUUACGGCCAAGGUGGCCUCGGUGGAUCCUGCAUUUUUGAGCUCAAUACAGCAGACCUAAGUCGGAUUACGGGUCUCAUAAACACACACACACAAAGGAUAUAGAUAGAUAUUCGUAAAGUGCAUAGCAAAUAACUCGAAUAUGAAUGUUGGACUAGGUAUCUCAUACUUUAUGUCGUCGGCCUGUACUUAUUAUAAACAAGUGCGCGUAUAUAUGUUGAUCUGAAUGAUUGUAAUUGGAUACUGAUACGGAUAUGGAUAUAUUUAUAGCGCUGAUAAAACUGAAAGUGAAAUCUCUUGGUGCAUUACAGUAAUUUUUAAGCGUACAUAAGGCAAUUACUUUAGGCAUUUUUCCUAUUACGUAGACUUGGUACUAAAUAAUUGAUAACAAAUUCAUAUAUAUAGUACAUAUAUUGUUUAUAACCGAUUGUUUCCCAAUGUAGCCUUUAUAUAGUUGAAUUACCUAUCUUACGUACGGUCUGCCGAUUCGCUUUUGCUAUGAGCCAAAAGAAGGGCUUCUGAUGAGGGGCCUCAAAGGCUUUAUUCCGUGCUGUAUCCCCUAGAUAUAUAUAUAUAUAUUUCCCCAAAAGGUUUAACGAAAAAUUUUAUCGAAUUAUGAAAACCAGUUUUGUGUGCGCUCUAAUGAAAAUUUAAUUUUCGAAAAAAGAUAAACGAAUGCUUUAAGAACGGAUUAAAUGUUAUUUUCUACUGAGGUAAUAGCUGAUAUCAUAUAAUAGAUAUAUACUUUAUAAUAUAUAUAUAUAUAUAACAUCCACCGAACAAAUCUCAAUGCACAGACGUAAUAUGAAUUAGAUUUUAUAACUGUUAUACAUUUAACCAAAGUCAGUUAAGAGAUUCCAUCGGACACUCACAUAGGUCAUUAGAUCAUUUGUCAAUUCAGAAAGUGUCUUUCAGUGGCGAGAUCGUAUUUGUUGCUUAAGCGAACAGCAUUGUAUGUAUGGGUUUUAAGCGUUAUUGCACAACAUAUACAUCUACAUAUAGCAUAUGGAUUAGUUAGCGAAUCAUCAACGAGCACCAAAUAGCAUCCAUGCAUCCAGGAAUAUCAAGUUGGCGCAUUCCCUGCCCGCAAAUACUCGUAACCGCGCAAGGAACAGAAUAUCUCAAAAGUAAAGCUGCUCAGGCAGAGCUCCAAAGAGCUCAUAAUACUGCCAAGUGCUCUGUCUGAGCAUCUUUGCUGUACAAUUAUGAAACUAUAUAUAUAUAUCCCGUAUACCAAAGCAGCAGAAUCAGAAUCAAAAAUAUUUACUGUACAUACGCUAAGCUCUAUUGGUAUAACAUAAUUUAGCAAUAGUCGCAAACCAUGUUCACACCAAAGAAAUCAAAAAACUAGAUGCACCCUAAUCGCAACCUUAACCCAAAACCCGACCAACAUACGUAAUCUGCAUACACCCCAACAUGUUAUACGAGUAUCAAUUACCGGGGUCAGAGUUAGACCUCUCACAUCGGAACUAAUCAUACAUAACAUACAUAUAUUUUUAAUGCAAAAAGCUUACAUAGUGCCGUACGGAAGAAGUUCGCCCCAUACCAAAUAUAUAUGCGAUAUGUAAUAUGUAUCCCGAACUAAGAAUACUUACUCAAAAGCUGCGAUUCUGUGAGAGAGAGUUCAAUAUUUAUCCGGAACUGCGCUACUUGAUACAAAUCAUCGAAAUGGAAACCAUAUGAGUUGCUUUUGUUACGAUUCCCUCUUUACUUUUAUACGUUAAUAAUUGAAAUAAUUGUACAAGAAAACCAAAGCAUACAAAUUGGAAUAAAAACCGGAAUAUCUAAU